UUCGUAGUGCAUGGGCGCUGCGCUGCGGGGUCGUGGUUGGUCGUCGUGCAUUGCUAGCGUACGGGACCUAGAUUCGUUUGGAUGUGGCAUGCCUGGUCGAACAUCAUUUCCAAACGGUUGCCCGUGAAUUCUGCACAGUGAAUUCUACUCAUUGACUAGCAUUGCUGUGAUAUACCAACAAAAGCGUUAAGACCCACACGAUGUGCACCGAUACAUUGCAAGCCAAUCGCGACCUCCUGGACCCUCAUUUUGACGGCUACAAACUGUCCCUUGACCCUCUCCCAAAGUAUUCCGUCGAUGUAGAGUGUGGUAUCGAUGAGGUAAAGCUGCGGUCCGAUCAGUACACCUUGCAGCAUGUCAAGGCAUUUGGUAUUCACAACCAUUUGGUACAUGACCAGUGGAAUCCCAACUGUGUCUUCUACAUUGACAAGCGAUGGAGAGUGGUUCAACACAGAGUUGUAUUGGAGUCACAGUUGCAGCCUGGCCGAGUCGUCUUUGAGAUCAGCCACGAAUGCGAGCAGCGCAGCAGACCGAGGCAUAACGCCACGCUACACUUCACUUCCGCGGAGCUCUGUCUCUUAGCCGAUGGGGCAGGGGCACUCUACUUGCUGGCUACGGGUGACAGGGAUUGUGCCGAUCUAUCCACAUGGCAGAUACUGUAUAGUGAGGAGGUCUGCAGUCCUGCCACGCCCUUCGUGUUGCUGCACUCCAUAGCGCAGGCAAAGUCAGCAUCAUUUGAUUGCUUGCUGCUACGAAUUGAAGAAGAACAAACAGAAAAGACAGGGGAUGAUCCGAACGAUGCAGUCACGACAUCCGGCCAUUUCACUGCCUUGCUGGAUUGGCUGACAAUAGCCAAAGCUGAUGGUGAAUCAUCCCAUCGAGUGAGUCGUAGACGGAGGUUGAAGAGCAAACUGGCGCCGUUCUAUGCUGCCAUUGAAGCAACAGGCCAAGCAGUGUUCCUUGCCGGGGAAGCAGAGUUUACAAUUACUGAAGACACAGCUAAGACCACAACGGGAGUCCAGGAACAAGACAUGGACGUGGAGAAAGACUCUGACACUUCCACUGAAGCAGCUGCUCCUCUGUACACCUGGACCCAAACCGGCGACGACGUGACUCUGGUCUUCAUCCUACCCCCAUCCACACCCAAGUCUGCUGUCAAUCUCACACUGACUGCUGAUACCAUAAACCUCGGCAUCAAGGACGGCGAUGAGCUGCUAAAGGGUGCCCUCUAUAGAGCCAUUGACGUACAGAUGUGCACUUGGAUACAUGAAAAUAGAAAGUUGGAAGUAACACUGGCCAAGGCCGAGGAGGGCUCUAUGUGGACCGAGGUCGUCAUCGGCAACCAACGCGGGGAUUACGUGAUUGAUCAAGAUCAGGCCAGGAUCAUCCAUGAACGACUCGCGCAUCUUACGUCGGAUCAACUUCACCCAGACCCAGUACCAGGAGGCAGUCAGCCAGGGAUAGGGCCCAAUGACUUGGAGGAAUGCGACGCUCUAUCAGACGGAUACUCAACGUUAGUAAGGCUGGACAGAGAGUCACAUACCGUCACAAACAGGGUAAGCCUCAGCAGUCACCAGGUCCUGUUUAACGCCCAGCUUCAUCCGCAGAGGCCACCCUGCAUCUGCCUCCGCCAUGAUGUGGAUGGGUUGCUAUGGCAACCUGGCAUUGGCGCCGACGGGGACCACAGAUCGCCAUGGCAACACACGGCCACCUUCAAUGCCCUGGGCUACGUGCAGGCGUCCAAGAGGGACCGCAAGUACUCCUGCUGUCCGCCCGACUGCUCUUAUGCCUUGGUCUGCGAUUGCGUCCGGCACCUGUAUGUGUACCGCCAGCCGUCGGCCAUCUUGUCUCCGCUGCGAAACCGGAAGAGCGGGCGCGUGGUCAGCCAGAUUGCCAAGCAGCAGCUGGUCAGUCUUGAGACGACCGACGACAUCUUGGGUGUCGCGGCUGCCGAUGACAGACUCUUUGUUUUGACUAACAACCAACUCUGUGUAAUCAGAGUAGCACAGCAAUGACAAAGUUGGCUUUGAUUAACUCUCAGAGGCAAAAACUGUUUACAAAUGAAAAAGUUAUUGUGCACUUGGUGUACUGUUGUCUCUGCAAGUACAGAGUAUGGGGAUCCAUCUUUGUACAAGCUGCCUUACAAACUGUACAUUGCAUUGUCUCCAAGCCAACUUAUAUUCCAAGCUGCCAUUGCACUAUUACUCUAUGGUAGUCCUAUUUUUAUUCAAAUACAUUGUACAAUCUAAUGGAGUGAUAUGUAUGCCCCAUUCACUCUGCAACAAAUAAAGAUGUGACUGUCUUGAAUCAAUCUGCACAUCUGUCCCUGUCAGUUUCUGAACAGUUUAUUGUCAUGGAGAUUAAAGUUAGGGACCUAAAUCAAGCCUAUGAUUUAAUUUUUAAAAAUGGGCGGAUUCUCCACUCGGUCUUUUAGAAGUUAUUUAAAAAAAGAGUAAGUCACACAUGUUCAAAUGCAAAGACAUGAGAUGGCAAAUUCACAUAUUCACAGUAAAAUUCUGUGGUUUAAUAUACAACACAUGAAUAAACGGUGUUCACAUAACUCCCAUCAA